UUAGCUCCGAGUACAUUUUUUCUGAGGGUAUACAAAUAAAUUUCACGGAGCAAUAAAUUUUAGUGUGCCACUACUGUAUAGUUUGUUUUAUAUUAGAUAAUCAUGUUUAGUAUAUUCCGGAAGAGUGGAUUUGAUCCUAAUGAGUUUGAGAAAGAACUCAGUUCCAUUACUCAGAAGAUUUCUACUACAAGUCAACAAAUUCUGAGAUUAAAAAUUGGUCGUGAUUCUUCUAAACGGAAAGUGCUAUUAAUCUGUUCAGCUACAUAUAUAUUAUUCUUAGGAUAUAUAUAUGCUACUAGUCCUACUACAAUUAGUAAUACAAAGAUUAAUCGUUUACAAUUAUUUAUUACUUCACAAACUAAACACCAAUUGUUAUUUUUAUUACUUUAUCCAGUAGUAGGGUAUGGUAUCUAUACCAUUGUUCAUUGGUUCUAUACAUUCUUAAUUAAUAGUAAAUCAAAUCAAUUGAUUAACCUAAAGAAGAAACAUAAGCAAAAGAUCGAGGAUUUGAAAAGAAUUACAAACUUCAAUACAACUAAUGAGUUAUUGGACAAAUUUGGGGAUGAGAAGGACAAACCCAAACCUAAAUCAAAUCUUAGUACAAAACCAAAAUCGAACUUACCAACUCAAAUUCCUAACAAUCCUACAAUUAAUAGGUCAGGAGUUAUAGAUGUCAAUAAGUUAUCAGAAACACAGUUAAAGAAAUUGAAUAUCAAUAUCACUCCAAAUAAACCUCUACCACAACAAACCCCACAAUCUCACGCACAAUCGCAAAUACAGUCAUCAACACCUCCGCCACCAAAAGUAGCUUCCACACCACCAAAGAGAACAUUCCAAGAUAGAAUUUUGGAUUUACUUAUAGGAUCUGAUAACAGUGAAGCAGUUGAAAAUAGAUAUGCAUUGAUUUGCUAUAAAUGUUAUGCUCAUAACGGUUUGGCCCCACCCCAUACAGAUAACCCAUCUGCUAUAAAAUUUAAGUGCAUGCAAUGUGGUACAUUAAAUGGUCAUGGAGUUCUUGAUGCAGAGUUAAAAGAUUUAAUUAAUGAGAGUUUAUCAGAAGAUGUAAAGAAAGAGGUUCCUGAUCCAGUAACAGCUGAAAAUGAAAAAUCCGAAGUUGAGUCAGAUACAUCACCUAAAGAGAAGAUUGAAUCCAAGGAUGAAUCCUUACAAUAAUUAUAUUAUAGUUAGAUCUAUGUGAUAAAUACCUC